GGCGCGCCGCUUCCGGUCCCCAGCGCCUGAGCGAAAGAAUUCCCCCCUCUUUGGGGCGGGAGUCUACCCUGAUCGCUGAUCGCGCCGCGCCAGCCGGCUAGUUUGCCGGCACCUGCGUCCCAGCCGUGCCCGCGACCAUGGCCACCGACUCGUGGGCGCUGGCGGUGGACGAGCAGGAAGCGGCAGCCGAGUCGUUGAGCAACUUGCAUCUUAAGGAAGAGAAAAUCAAACCAGAUGCCAAUGGUGCUGUGGUCAAGACCAAUGCUAAUGCAGAGAAGGCAGAUGAAGAAGAGAAAGAGGACAGAGCCGCCCAGUCCUUACUCAACAAGCUAAUCAGAAGCAACCUUGUCGAUAACACCAACCAAGUGGAAGUCCUGCAGCGGGAUCCAAACUCCCCACUCUACUCAGUGAAGUCCUUCGAGGAGCUUCGGCUGAAACCACAGCUUCUCCAGGGAGUCUACGCCAUGGGCUUCAACCGUCCAUCGAAGAUACAAGAGAACGCAUUGCCUUUAAUGCUUGCUGAGCCCCCACAGAACUUAAUAGCCCAGUCUCAGUCUGGUACUGGUAAAACAGCUGCCUUUGUGUUGGCCAUGCUCAGCCAAGUAGAACCUGCAAACAGAUACCCCCAGUGUCUGUGCCUCUCCCCAACUUACGAGCUCGCUCUUCAAACGGGAAAAGUGAUUGAGCAGAUGGGCAAAUUUUACCCUGAACUGAAGCUAGCUUAUGCUGUUCGUGGCAAUAAAUUGGAAAGAGGUCAGAAGAUCAGUGAGCACAUUGUCAUUGGCACCCCUGGGACCGUUCUGGACUGGUGCUCCAAGCUCAAGUUCAUUGACCCCAAGAAGAUCAAGGUGUUUGUUCUGGAUGAGGCUGACGUGAUGAUAGCUACUCAGGGCCACCAAGAUCAGAGCGUCCGCAUCCAGAGGAUGCUUCCCAGGAACUGCCAGAUGCUGCUUUUCUCUGCCACCUUCGAAGACUCCGUCUGGAAAUUUGCCCAGAAGGUGGUCCCAGACCCAAACAUCAUCAAACUGAAGCGCGAGGAGGAGACAUUGGACACCAUCAAGCAGUAUUACGUCCUGUGCAGUAGCAGAGAUGAGAAGUUCCAGGCCUUGUGUAAUAUCUACGGGGCCAUCACCAUUGCUCAAGCCAUGAUCUUCUGCCACACGCGCAAAACAGCUAGUUGGCUGGCAGCAGAGCUGUCGAAAGAAGGCCACCAGGUGGCUCUGCUGAGUGGUGAAAUGGUGGUGGAGCAGAGGGCUGCAGUGAUUGAGCGCUUCCGAGAGGGCAAAGAGAAGGUUCUGGUCACCACCAACGUGUGUGCCCGCGGUAUCGAUGUGGAACAGGUGUCUGUCGUCAUCAACUUUGACCUUCCCGUGGACAAGGGUGGGAACCCGGACAACGAGACCUACCUGCACCGGAUCGGGCGCACCGGCCGCUUUGGCAAGAGGGGCCUGGCCGUGAACAUGGUGGACAGCAAGCACAGCAUGAACAUCCUGAACAGGAUCCAGGAGCAUUUCAAUAAGAAAAUAGAAAGACUGGACACAGAUGACUUGGACGAGAUUGAGAAAAUAGCCAACUGAGAAGCUCCUGCAGUCACUGGUGCCGCCCUUGGUGCUCCCCCUGCACGGGACACUAGUGCUUUCACGGCACAGGCCUCAACAGUCAACACAAAGAUGAAGGCACGAGGAGAGAGAAACUACCUACCUCAUUUUAAAUUACGUUUGGACUUGAACAAAAUUGUACAAGUGAUGGGGGAAGGUAGAAAAAAAUUGUUUACACAACUUUUGAAGAUUAGGCGUGAAUACACAGAAAUUUACCUUUUGGAAA